AUGUGGAAUGCUAUUAAGACCAUCUUUGACUCGUCUAAUAAUAGAGGAACGGAAAAUGAAAUACACGAAGAACCAAUCGUGAAUAUAACAUUAUCGGCUGUCAAAGAAGGUAAUACACCUUUGCUUACUUCAGAGCAUACGAUUAAUGAAGAGGGGGUUAUGAAGGAAAUCAAGCUUGCUGGGGAAGAAAAGACUAAUUUAGAAACUGCAAGUGGACUUGAAGAAGUUUCCACAUCUACCUCUCCAAUAGAUAACGAUGAGGAAGAUAAGAAGCCUCUAGAUAAAACCGUUAAAUCAAAAAAUGCAAAGGGGAAAGGGAAGGGGAAGGGGAAGGGGAAGGGGAAAAUACCAUCACCAGAAGAGAUUGCUAAAUUAAGAGCCGAAAGAAAACUUUUAAAAGAGGCUAAAAAGGAAGUGUCAGUGAUUCCUCCAGAAUUACAAUUUAUCAAGCGACCUAUUCUAUAUUUACAUGAAGAAGAACCUGUCCAAGGAUUUAAAUUUUCUAUGAUGACCUACAACUGUCUUGCUCAAGCUUUAAUUAGACGAAAAUUAUUUCCCGACAGUGGAGAUGCGCUUAAAUGGUAUAGACGAUCAAAAGUACUAUUGAAUGAGUUUACUUAUUAUAGCCCUGAUAUAAUUUGCCUGCAAGAAGUGGAUCAUAUUCAAUAUCAAAGUUUCUGGAAAACAGAAUUUGAAAAACUAGGAUAUCAAAGCCAGUAUCAUCGUAAAGGUGUUAAAAAUCAUGGUGUAUCAAUUAUAUGGAGAAGAUCGUUAUUUACCAUGACUGAUAAAAUGUUAAUUGAAUUUGAUAAAGAAUCUUCUGGAAAUGUUCCACCAAGGACCACCACUAAUAAUGUAGGUUUAAUACUUUCUUUGAAAUUUACUCCCGAGGCAAAAGCCCAAUUUAAAAAUGUAGAAACGACAAAAACGGGUAUAAUUAUUGGUACCACACAUUUGUUUUGGCACCCAUUCGGUACGUACGAAAGGACUAGACAAUGUUAUGUGGUUUUAAACAAAAUGAAAGAGUUUAUGCAUAGGGUAAAUGUUUUGCAAAAUAAUAAUGACAGGGAUCUAAGUCAUUGGUAUCCGUUUUUCUGUGGAGAUUUUAAUUCACAACCGUUUGAUAGUCCAUAUUUAUCUAUGGUAAGGAAACCAGUAGAAUAUUCAGGAAGAGCCAAAACCGUUAUUGAAUGUAGCACUUCUUAUAAAUUUUCUAAAAAGAGAGAUGGUGAGGAAGAUGUUGAUGAUGAAGAAGGUGGUAACAUUGAAAAAUUUGGGAUUGAUCAACCACAAACUCCUGUACCCGAGGAAUUUAUUGCCAAUGGAGAACAAACAAUUUUAGUGAAAGACAUGGAAAAAUUACAUAACUCACUUAAUAUGAGAGCAAUUUCACUUUACGGUGUUGGUUAUAAAAAUGUUCAUCCGGAAAAUGCAAGUAUAGAUAAUGAAUGUGGCGAACCGGAAAUCUCUAAUUGGGCACAUACAUGGAAUGGGUUAUUGGAUUACCUUUUGUUUGUGAAGGAGUGGACUUUUUCCGAUUGUACUAAAACUGAAACUCUUAAACAAUUUGAGGAGAGUAAUUCUAUGAGAAUUAGAGGAUUUCUAAGAAUGCCACCGGCAAAUGAGAUGACUAAACAUGGUCAACCACAUGUUGGGGAAUACCCUAGUGAUCAUUUAUCAAUGCUUUGUAGUAUUGAAUUAUUAUAA